CAUUCACUUCAUGUCUGGUAGGUUUAAGUUCACCUGAUUAUAACCCAACCCACUGAGCGCGCGAGUGGAGAAACCGGUAAGACUCAAAACGUCAAGUUACAAGCACGGUGUCUUACGUCUGCAUUCUUCAUGAAGCACAUCACGACGAUGUCUGUGUCUGAUCCACCUGAUUUCAUACCUGUGCCAAAGCCACGAUCCAGAUAUUUCAUUGGCACAAGUGUAAAACAGGCACCAUCUAGUGACAGAAAUGGUGUUGAUCCGUUGCCUUGUCCAGAUGUUCAGGUUGAUACACAGAUAAACUCUGAAGUAGAAACAUGUAUCAAAAAUGAGGAUAAUGUGGAUGAUUCAUCUAGUCAGUUGGAUUCCACCACUGAACCCUCUGAUCUUCAAGCUGUUGAAACCAACUGCAAUGAAACGUUUCUAUGGUCAGCAUCACACGACAUCAGUCCCAGUUCAGUUCCGGAUGCAGAGAGAACCGCUGACUCUACUUCUUCUGAUGAUUCCACUGUGACUCUAAACUCCUCAAAAUCACAUGAUGACCUCAAUAAGGAUCACCACAAUUCAGACAAGCCAAGCCUCACUGAUGAGUUGAUGGAUGCUGAAACGGGACUUGUCACCACUGAAGUGAUCCAUCAAGUUCCCAAAUCACAGAACAUUCAUAUCAAACUUGACAAUCCCAAGAAACCAAGGGCUGCAACCAUUCGUGUGAGCAGGAAGACACAGAGUUUAACAAGGCCACAGCAGAGAACCAGUGAGUGUGCGGUGGCACAAUCCAGCUGGCUCGACGUAUGGAAGGGACGCAGGCACAAUGUUCUGUGGACCACUCUAGAUGGGAAUCUCAUGUCAUUGUGGAAAAAACGCACAGACAAGUUCACAGAAUAUGUGUUUCAUGUAACAAGCAUCACCAACAUAAGGAAGCAGGAUCACGGGCAUUUCUCCAUCUCUUUACAUAAGAAGCACCUUGAAUUCAUGGCUCAUAGUGAGGCUGUGCAGGAAGGGUGGUUAGUGUCUCUCUACGCCACUCGUGGGAAGGAACCGGUCACUGCACCCAAACUACACGGGCCGCUGGUCAUGAAAGACCCAAGGAAAAAGGUGUACACUGCUAUCUAUGGAUACUCCCUUUGGAUUUACAGCAGCAAAGAGGACUUCAAUAUAGGUCUCGGCAUGAUGUUUGUGUCCAUGAAUAUAGCAUCUGUGAAGUCGACAGGACGUCACAGCUUCAGUCUCAUCACUCCGUACAGGACCUUUAAUUUCUCUGCAGACUCUGCUAAGGAGGCGACCAUGUGGCUGGAGAAUCUGAAUGACGUGAUUCGCAGUGCGCUGUCCUACAGUGAGGUGGCACAUCGACUGUGGUCAAAUCCGAGUAAUAAAGUUUGCGCUGACUGUGGUGCUGCUAACCCAGAGUGGGCAUCAGUGAAUCUGCUGGUGGUCAUCUGUGAGGCCUGUGCAGGUGCACAUCGAUCCAUGAGCAGUAACAGGUCCAAAGUACGAGGUCUGAAACUAGAUAAUAAGGUUUGGACAGAGCCUUUAAUUCAGUUGUUUGUGCUGUAUGGCAAUAAAGCUGCCAAGAGUGUGUGGGGUCACAACAUCCCUCCAGCAGAGCAGAUCAGACCUGAUGUCUCACCAGAUCAGAGGACGGAAUUUAUUCUAGCCAAGUACCGCAAAGGACUUUACCACAAAGCUCACCCGCUCGCCGCAAGCCAAAAACUGCUUGACCAGAGGUUGCGUGAGGUGGUGUGUGGUCCCAAUGUGGAAGAGACUCUUUCUCUGCUGUGUUCUGGGGCAAAAGUUUCGUUCAGCACCACAGAUCCAGAGCUUCACUCCGCCAUCAGCGUGGCAGAGAGUUAUGGACAGGCACUACAGACAGAACUACUCCGACAUAAUGAGUUUGUGGAGGCACCAGACUUUGAGCAAACAAGACAUUCAGAGGAACAGAUGGAAGAACUCCACGGAAAGCUGGAUGAGGAACGUUUCUUAUUCUCUCAGGGGAAUGAGUCUGCUGCCUGUGAUGUGCUGGAUUUAACAGAGGUCAUCUCAGUGUUUGACUGCUCUGCAGGGCAAACCCAUGUGUUUGAGGUGUUAACUUUGACAGACAGACUGACUUGCUCCGCAGAUGAACGAAACACCCUCCUUGGUCACAUGUUGCAUAUCAUGAAGGUUGUGCUUGCGGGUGCAGUGGUGGAUGAUGAUCUGUUGGGAGUUUGUGCCGUGUCCAGAGCGUCUAUACGGGAGGGUGCUGCUCUGCAGUGUGCUGAAGUGUGGUGCACCCUUCAGGAAGGAGAGAUGACCAUACACACAAAGCAGCAUGGCUCCAGAGACACAGUGUUUCUGGACGCUCAAACACGUUGCCAUCUGCAGCACUCAGAUAACUGCAUCCUGCUGGAGUUUGCUGAAAGGACAUUACAUAUGCAGUUUGAGCUGGAGCACAGCUGUCUGAAGUGGUAUGAGCUCGUGCAGAGGGCGGUGUGCUCGACGACGGACGGACCGCAGCGGGCAGGCUCUGUGCCGUGUUCUAUAGACAGGUGUAUAUCUCACAUCACACAGUACGGGUUGAAGGUCGAGGGUUUGUAUCGGCGCUGUGGUAUCGCUCCUCAGAUCAGUAAACUGGUCGAUGCCCUGCGUGUUUCUCCAAAAGGAACUGUUCUGGAAACAGAUGAGCUCUCUAUCCUAGAUGUUUCAGGAGCACUAAAACAGAUCCUACGGCAGGAUGUUGAGCUCAUACCACAAACACAAAAACCGCACUGGCUGAAAGCUGCAGCUCUGUCAGAUGAAGUACGCAGACUGCAGACGUACCGCAAACUGCUUAAACAGCUUCCUCCUGACAACCAUGCAACACUGGCAGCUCUGUUUGGACACCUACACAUGGUGCAGAUGCACAGUCAGGUGAACCGCAUGACGGCUCAUAAUCUGGCAGUGAUAUUUGUGGUCACGCUGUUCCAGGAGCUCGCCAUGAACACAAGCAUCGUACAACUCACCAGAGAGCUGAUCAUGCGCCACAAGGAGAUCUUCACGAAAUGAGUGUGUCAUCUGACAUUGUGUGCAGGACCACAUGGAGACAGAUGGAGAAUACAUCACUGUGUUUUGAAGAGCCGGUUCUCCUUGGAUGGAUGGAGUUCAACUCAGUAUAGGAGUCUGAUCUAGAGAGUGUUUUAUGAUUUAUUGUAAUUCAGCAUUAGAUGACAAUGCAUUUGUAUUAGUAAAUAAAUGCGCUCAACAAAAAAA